AGAUGGGAUUCGCGGGUAACGUGGAGCCGUGUUUUAUUCAACCAACAGUCGUAGCGCUUAACGAUUCGUAUCUAAACCAGACGAGAGCUUCCUCGAAUAUGGCUAACCAGUACUCGGCGGGUGUAAUGGCGGACCUCGAUUUCUUCAUCGGGGACGAUGCACUGUUGAGAUCGAGAGCGAGCAAUACUUAUACCCUAAGCCACCCCAUUAACCACGGCCAAGUGGAGGAUUGGGAUGCUAUGGAACGGUAUUGGCAGCAUUGUAUAUUCGCUUAUCUACGUUGUGAUCCUGAGGACCAUUACUUUUUGCUGACCGAGAGUCCACUUACUGCUCCCGAGAAUCGAGAGUACAUGGGUGAAAUUAUGUUCGAGACGUUCAAUGUUCCUGGGCUUUAUAUUGGUGUGAACUCUGUUCUUGCUUUGGCAGCUGGGUGCAGUACAUCUAAGUGUGAUUUGACAGGGGUGGUAGUGGAUGUCGGAGAGGGGGCUACGCGUGUUGUACCUGUUGCAGAAGGUUAUGUUAUUGGGAGCUGCAUUAAGUCGAUCCCAAUAGCUGGAAAAGAUGUUACUCUCUUCAUACAGGAGCUCAUGCGGGAAAGGGGAGAGAAAAUGCCACCUGAGGACUCAUUUGAAGCAGCUCGGAAAGUGAAGGAGAUGUACUGCUAUACUAGUUCUGAUAUUGUCAAGGAGUUCACCAAGCAUGAUAAGGAACCUGCAAAGUAUAUCAAACAGUGGAGGGGUAUCAGACUGAAGACAGGGGCUCCAUACACCUGCGAUGUCGGUUAUGAACGAUUUUUAGGCCCCGAGGUUUUGUUUAGUCCCGAGAUCUAUACCAGUGAUUAUAUAACUCCAUUACCAGCUCUAGUAGACAAGUGCAUUCAGUCAGCACCAAUUGACACAAGAAGAGCUUUAUAUAAGGUGAAGUAUGCAUUGGCUCAAAUUGCAAAAUCUUGGUUCUUUGCUUUAUAUAACUCUUUUGGCAUCUCUUCCACUUUAUGCCUGCUAUUUCAACUCUUUCAGAAUAUUGUAUUAUCUGGUGGAUCAACCAUGUUCAAAGACUUCCACCGAAGGUUGCAACGGGACGUGAAAAAGAUCGUCGAUGCCCGGGUUCAGGCGGCAACUGCUCUUCAUGGUGGGGAUAUAAAAGCAAAACCUGUGGAAGUUAAUGUAGUCAGUCAUCCAAUCCAAAGAUUUGCCGUUUGGUUCGGAGGUUCUGUACUAGCAUCAACACCUGAAUUCUUCGCUGCUUGUCAUACAAAAGCAGAAUAUGAGGAACAUGGAGCAAGCAUUUGCCGAGUGAAUCCAGUCUUCAAGGGGAUGUUUUGAGGCAAAUAUCCAUUUUUCAGCUCGGUAUUAAUGGAGCCAUCUCCGGUGACUCGCUAUUCGCUAAUUCGACUUCCGUCAUGCACAUCAGUUUACUUCGAUGAUU